GCGACAGCGGCAGACCGCGAGGGCGCCUGCCACGGAUGGCCAGGAACGCGCUCUCAGCCGUUGGUUCGCGAUCUGCUGCUGCCCCACCCCAACGCCACGUCUCCGUCCGCUGCCACCUCCGGCCGUCCGGCGCGGGCGCACGGGGAAGACGACGCCCACGCUUUUCCACGGGGCCCCCACCCUGGCGCCUUUUUCCCUUUCACAUCCCCAUGCAGAUGCAGCGCCAGUGCCUCCUUCCACCACCGCCGCACACGUUGCUCCCCCAUUCCUUCCCUCCCCACUCCCCAGCCCAGCCCUGCUCACUCCCGCGGGCUAAUAAUAUCUCACGCCGCUCGUCCUCCUCGGCCUCAGCUGCCGCCACUCCCCACACUCGCUUCCCGUGGGCUGCGCGGGUGAAGGAGCGCGCGCGUGCGUACGUACGUGCGGGUGGUUGGACUCGGAUCUGCUGCUGGGUGGGGCGCGGGAUGGCGUCGUUCGCUGUGUCCGGCGCGAGGCUCGGGGUCGUGCGGCCCGGCGGCUCGGCGCGAUCUGGUGGGGAGCGGAGGAGUGCGGUGGACUUGCCGUCGGUGCUCUUCAGGAGGAAGGACGCUUUCUCUCGCACCGUUCUGAGCUGCGCUGGUGCUCCUGGAAAGGUACUGGUGCCUGGAGGUGGCAGUGAUGACUUGCUUUCCUCCGCAGAGCCGGUCGUGGACACUCAACCUGAAGAACUACAGAUACCUGAAGCAGAACUGACUGUGGAGAAGACAUCCUCCUCACCAACUCAAACAACAUCAGCAGUGGCUGAAGCAAGCUCAGGAGUUGAGGCUGAGGAGAGGCCUGAGCUCUCAGAAGUGAUUGGAGUUGGAGGUACUGGUGGAACCAAAAUUGAUGGUGCAGGCAUCAAAGCCAAAGCACCACUCGUGGAGGAGAAACCACGAGUUAUCCCACCACCAGGAGAUGGCCAACGAAUAUAUGAGAUUGACCCAAUGUUGGAAGGGUUUCGGGGUCACCUUGACUACCGAUACAGUGAAUAUAAGAGAUUACGUGCGGCUAUUGAUCAACAUGAAGGUGGUUUGGAUGCAUUUUCACGCGGUUACGAAAAGCUUGGAUUUACUCGCAGCGCUGAAGGUAUCACUUACAGAGAAUGGGCUCCUGGAGCAUACUCUGCAGCAUUAGUAGGUGACUUCAACAACUGGAACCCAAAUGCUGAUGCUAUGGCCAGAAAUGAGUACGGCGUUUGGGAGAUUUUCCUGCCUAACAAUGCUGAUGGUUCCCCUGCUAUUCCUCAUGGCUCACGUGUAAAGAUACGGAUGGACACACCAUCUGGUGUUAAGGAUUCCAUUCCUGCCUGGAUCAAGUUUUCUGUGCAGGCUCCAGGUGAAAUACCAUACAACGGUAUAUAUUAUGACCCACCUGAAGAGGAGAAAUAUGUAUUCAAACACCCUCAACCUAAGCGGCCCAAGUCACUGCGGAUAUAUGAAUCACAUGUUGGAAUGAGUAGCCCGGAACCAAAGAUAAAUACAUAUGCUAACUUCAGAGAUGAGGUGCUUCCAAGAAUUAAAAAGCUUGGAUACAAUGCAGUACAGAUAAUGGCAAUCCAGGAACACUCUUAUUAUGCAAGCUUUGGGUACCAUGUUACGAAUUUUUUUGCCCCAAGUAGCCGUUUUGGGACUCCAGAGGACCUAAAAUCUCUUAUUGAUAAAGCGCAUGAGCUUGGCUUGCUAGUGCUUAUGGAUAUUGUUCAUAGUCAUUCAUCAAAUAAUACCUUGGAUGGUUUGAAUGGUUUCGAUGGCACCGAUACACAUUACUUCCAUGGUGGUCCACGAGGCCAUCAUUGGAUGUGGGAUUCUCGCCUAUUCAAUUAUGGGAGUUGGGAAGUUUUGAGAUUUCUAUUGUCAAAUGCGAGAUGGUGGCUUGAAGAAUAUAAAUUUGAUGGGUUUCGAUUUGAUGGGGUGACCUCCAUGAUGUAUACUCACCAUGGAUUACAAGUGACAUUCACUGGGAACUAUGGCGAGUAUUUUGGAUUUGCCACUGAUGUUGAUGCAGUAGUUUACCUAAUGCUGGUAAACGAUCUUAUUCGUGGGCUUUAUCCAGAAGCUGUAUCCAUUGGCGAAGAUGUCAGCGGAAUGCCUACAUUUUGUAUCCCUGUCCAAGAUGGUGGUGUUGGUUUUGAUUAUCGUCUUCAUAUGGCUGUCCCAGACAAAUGGAUUGAACUUCUGAAGCAAAGUGACGAAUAUUGGGAAAUGGGUGACAUCGUGCACACCUUAACAAAUAGAAGGUGGCUUGAAAAGUGUGUCACUUAUUGUGAAAGUCAUGAUCAAGCUCUUGUUGGUGACAAGACAAUUGCAUUCUGGUUGAUGGAUAAGGAUAUGUAUGAUUUCAUGGCUCUGGACAGGCCUUCAACGCCUCGCAUCGAUCGUGGGAUAGCAUUACAUAAAAUGAUUAGGCUUGUCACAAUGGGUUUAGGAGGUGAAGGCUAUCUAAAUUUCAUGGGAAAUGAGUUUGGGCAUCCUGAAUGGAUAGAUUUUCCAAGAGGUCCUCAAAGUCUUCCAAAUGGCUCCGUCAUUCCUGGGAAUAACAAUAGCUUUGAUAAAUGCCGCCGUAGAUUUGACCUUGGAGAUGCAGAUUAUCUUAGAUAUCGUGGUAUGCAAGAGUUUGACCAGGCAAUGCAGCACCUUGAGGGAAAAUAUGAAUUCAUGACAUCUGAUCACUCAUAUGUAUCACGGAAGCAUGAGGAGGAUAAGGUGAUCAUCUUUGAGAGAGGAGAUUUGGUCUUCGUGUUCAACUUCCACUGGAGCAAUAGCUAUUUUGACUAUCGCGUUGGUUGUUUCAAGCCUGGGAAGUACAAGAUCGUUUUAGAUUCUGACGAUGGCCUUUUCGGUGGAUUUAGUCGGCUUGAUCAUGAUGCCGAGUACUUCACUGCUGACUGGCCGCAUGACAACAGGCCGUGUUCUUUCUCGGUCUAUGCACCCAGCAGAACAGCCGUCGUAUAUGCACCUGCAGGUGCAGAGGACGAAUAGGGCACAACAGCGGUUGUUGGGGAAGAACUUCAGAGGGAUGUGCUGCUGGUGGACUGACACCACUGCCACGCGCGAUGCUGCCAGAUGUUGCCCUCGAGACCACGUGGCAGGACGAUCAGCUAUUCAGGUGGAUAGGUUAGCUUACCGAUGAGCUCUCGCUUUCGAGUGACUGGUGAAGGAAAUGGACCUCGCACACCGCAUUUUCGCUAUGCAUUCUGAAAAUGUACCGUGUGGUUUUGUACAUAUGGCAUCAGUAGGCAUUAUAUCAUUCAUCUCGCUGAACCAACCAUUUACGCUAUACUCCGUACUGCUGUGCAAAUCUCUCUCUCACUCUCUUUUUUUGCUUA